AGUUCAAUAGGAAACACCCUCAGUUAGGUUUUGCACAACAGAUGCAGACUCUCCUGUGGACUCCUCUGUAGAUCCAAAUGUAUAAAUACUGUGUGGGUAUGUCCCCACCGUCAGCCUCGCCUGCCACUGGCUCCAGUAAAACCAUGCUUCGCUUCAGCACCACACUCUUGCUGACGGCAACCUUUCUGCUCGUUAAUGCAGAUUUCCCCACAGAGACCGUCACCACCUGUGAAGCCAACUCUGUCCAUCGGCUGAGCUGUGAAAGCGGAGUUAUCAAUGUCGAGACAGCACAGUACGGUCGUGCAGACAAUGCGACCUGCAGUGAGGGAAAAGCUCAACAGGUGACUUCUGAUACAAGCUGCCCCAUGGUGUCUGUUAAAGCCUCCCUCAGCAACAGCUGUAACGGAAAACGGGUGUGUGAAGUAAACAGCAAUAUCGUCAGCGAAUCGAAUCCCUGCCCGAGCACCUCUAAAUAUCUGCAGACCAAAUACAACUGUUUCCCAGCAGCACAACAAGUGACAUGUGAGCACUCUCUGGCACACCUGCAGUGUUAUGAAGGGCAGGCUCUAUCGAUCUACUACGCUGAUUAUGGACGCCACGACCGGCACACAUGCAUUCACACACUGCCUGCUCCUCAGAUCCAAAAAACUGACUGCUCUCGCCUCGUCACCGAACAAGUUUCUGCCCACUGUAAUGGGAAGAACAGCUGUAUAAUCAGAGCAGGCAACUCAGUGUUUGGAGACCCCUGUUUCGGCACUUACAAGUACCUGGAUGUGUCUUACGGAUGUUUAUGGCCUCUAUGUUCCAGCAGCUACUCUGAAAAGGUGAGCCCCUCAUUAAUUCCAAAGAGUGUGUUUUUCAUUCCAAAGCAACUCACUGUGAGGAGGGUAAAGAGAUACAUUAGGAAGACUGACGGACGGGGAGAAUUCAUUCAAGGAAAGAAAAGCCACCAUCAGUCCUUUUCUGCUGCGCGUCAGGCUGGAUCUUCUAAAAAACAAACCAUGCUCCGCUUCAGACUCAGCACCACACUGUUGCUGGCAGCAACAUGUUCACUCUUCAUCGCUGCAGUCAUUUCCACAGAGACAGCUGUCACCUGUGAUGACAGCUUCAACGUCCAUCGCCUGAGCUGUGGUAUCGGAGUGAUCAGUGUGCAGGCAGCACUGUAUGGACGUGCAGACAAUGAGAUCUGCAGCGCGGGCAGACCUCAAGAACAACUCGCCGAUACGGACUGCUUCCAAGAGGGCACAGUCGACAUCCUGAGGAGAAGGUGUGAUGGCAAGAAGGUGUGUGAGCUGAACUUAAAUGCCGUCCGUACCUCUGAUCCCUGUAACGGCAUCUACAAAUACCUGCAAACCAACUACACCUGCCUCCCAGCAAUUCACUUUGCUACAUGUGAGCACUCUGUGGCACACCUGCACUGUGAUGAAGGGCAGGUUAUAUUUGUCUACGGCGCCGACUACGGACGUCGCGACAUGACCACAUGCUCCUUCAAACGGCCUGCCUCUCAGAUUGAGAAUGUCCACUGCUCACACCACACCAGCAAAGUUGCUGACAGCUGUAAUGGCAAAAACAGCUGUACUAUCACAGCGAGCAAUUCAGUGUUUGGUGAUCCCUGUGGCGGCACUUACAAGUACCUGGAGGUGGCUUACGUAUGCGAGUAUCCUCUGGUGGCUCCAGAUGAGUCUGUGUGAGCAUGCUGAAAUUUCACUCAUAUCCAAAUAAACCUGCAGUGCAUUAAAUGUA